AUGGAGGCCGAUUUUGAACGUCGACUCAUUCGAUCAAUGUCAGGUUGUUCGUCUUUGUCAUCUUCUCCAUUUUCAUCAUCAACAUCGUCUCCGUCUCCUAUCAAAUGCAGUGAUCGUUUUGUUCCUCUUCGAAGUUUAGCACAACCGUCUGCAUUUUUUGUCGAUCAGGAACAAACGUAUAAAGGGCCAAUGACUGAUAAAAAAACUUCACGUGAUCUAUCUUCUUUAACAACGACGACGACGACGGCGACGACGACAACGAACGCUAGUGGAAAUUUUUCAAAUAAUGUUACUACGAGCGCAGCUGAUCGAACAAAAGAUAUUUUGACUUACCAGACCCUAUUGCAGAAUGAAAUGUUUGGCACACAAAUAGAUACUUUGUAUGAUGACUAUUCUAUGAACAAUUCAUAUAAUAAUACCAAUAACGUUCAUCUUCACGCAACAACAUCAUCAAAUACAAUUCUUGAUCCAAUGAAUAACGGAACAAUCAACGUACAAAUCAAUACAACAGUUGCAAAUGGACAAAUACAUACAGCUUCCAUAUCGGGCCUAAACGGGAUUCUUACUCAGUCAUCUCAACAGCGUUUACCAUAUUCGAAUACAAACUCGAAUCUACUACGUACACAUGAUCCAAAUACAAUAUUUCGUUAUUCAGCUCGUCGAAAUGCAGAUGAUCUUCAUUAUUCGCCUUAUUCACUUUCACUCUUAUCGCCUGCAUCGACUCGUCUUCUACGUUCGCCACGUAAACAGCUACGAAAAAUUCCUAAGACGCCAUUCAAAGUUCUUGAUGCACCUGAACUUCAAGAUGAUUUUUAUUUGAAUCUUGUUGAUUGGUCAUCAACAAACAUUCUUGCCGUUGGUCUCAAUGCAUCUGUCUAUUUGUGGAACGCGAAUACAAGUAAUGUUACACGCUUAUGUGAUCUACAAACGGAAUCAGAUACAGUAACCAGUGUCGCAUGGAGUGAUCGAGGACAAUAUGUCGCUGUUGGCACACAUAAAGGUAUCGUUCAAAUUUGGGAUGCACAAACAAAUCGCAAAACGGCAUCGUUUCCACGCCAUACAGCACGUGUUGGUGCAUUAGCUUGGAAUGAUCAAUGUAUCUACUCGGGUUCACGUGAUCGAUUCAUCUUACAAAAUGAUACACGUUCCAGUAAACAAGAAAGAAAACUAGCUGGACAUCGACAAGAAGUGUGUGGAUUGAAAUGGUCCCCUGAUCGCCAAUUAUUAGCUAGUGGUGGAAAUGAUAAUCGAUUACUUGUAUGGAAUCAAUCAUGUAUUAAUCCUAUACAAAUCUAUACGGAUCAUACAGCUGCUGUGAAAGCCAUUGCAUGGAGUCCACAUCAACAAGGUCUACUUGCAAGCGGUGGUGGAACAGCUGAUCGAUACAUUCGAUUUUGGAAUACAUUAACUGCGCAAAGUUUACAGUGUAUCGACACAGGAUCUCAAGUAUGUAAUUUAGCUUGGUCGAAACAUUCCAAUGAACUUGUAUCAACGCAUGGCUAUUCUCAGAAUCAAAUCGUCGUUUGGAAAUAUCCGUCGAUGUUACAACUAGCUCGUUUGACUGGACACACGUUUCGUGUCCUAUACUUGGCUGUCUCACCCGAUGGUGAGUCGAUUGUCACAGGCGCUGGGGAUGAAACACUGCGAUUUUGGAAUGUGUUUACAAAAUGUCGCGCAAACAAAGAGUCUGACAGUGUACUAAAUUUAUUCAACAAGAUUCGAUAA